AUGGCAGACCAGACAACCCGGACAGGAUCGGAUAUGUCAGAACACCGGCUUUCUCGGGAAGGCUCCGACACUUCCCUCAACGCUUCCGCCAAUACUGGCAACGGCUCCGGCGUAGCAUCGCCUCGAUCUAGCACCGACUCUCGCUCCUCACGAAACCAGAACCAGCUCCGCGUUUCUCACAUGUCCCCCGCAAACCAUCAACAUCGACAGAGCUUGAGCGAAACUCUACGUGGUCCGCCCGGGUCGCCCCGAAAUCGCCGACAACCGUCCCUCACGCAGUCCGCUAUCCAGAGCCUGAUCGACAACCCGCCCCCGCCCAAGAAUGUUGACCCGGCGUUUAUUGGUCGCGACUGGAGGGAAAUUUCGAUUGGAGAGCUUGUCAGCCCGGAGGAUCUGCGAUUUGUUGAGAUGGACACUGGGAUUGAGGAGGCAACUAAUUUGUUGAUUGAUUCCGGAUCUCCGGUCCUACUGAUCCGUGAAAGUCCUGAAAACUCAUCCGUCAUUGCUACCUUUGACUACUCGGACCUGAACUCAUAUCUACUCCUGGCGGCAGGAUUGACCGUCCCCCAAGAAGGACACCGCGCGUCGUAUGAUGAAAUUGCCAAGAAAGCUCGCGACGGAGAGAAGAUUCCUCUCAAAGACGUCAAGGGCCUCGGAAUGGAGAAGGAACCGUUAGUGAAGCUACCCGCUUCCGCAAAUUUGAUGACGGCAGUCGAGACAUUUGGGGGUGGCAUUCACCGGGUUGUAGUGACCAGUGGAUCCAGCGAGCAGGAGGUGGUCGGUAUCUUUAGUCAAUUUCGACUUGUGAAGUUCCUUUGGGAAAAUGGCCGCAGCUUUCCCGCAAUUGAGCAGCUAUAUCCACAGGCCUUGAACAACUUGCGGAUUGGAUCUCAUAAUGUGAUCUCGAUUAAUGGGGAUAAGCCCCUUAGUGAGGCCCUUCAGGUGAUGAACACUGAGGGUGUGUCUUCGCUUGUUGUGGUUGACAAUCACCUCAAUGUGAUAGGAAACAUCUCCACCACAGAUGUCAAGCUUUUGACACGUUCAUCGUCACUGCCACUUCUCCACAAUACCUGCACACACUUUAUUUCGGUGAUUUUGUCGACUCGCGGGCUGAUUGAAGGCAAAGACUCGUUCCCUGUCUUCCAUGUGAACCCAACCUCGACCCUGGCUCAUACUGUCGCUAAACUUGUGGCAACAAAAUCACACCGUCUCUGGGUUACCGAUCCUCUAUCCCCAUCUUCCUCGGGACCUCCAACUCCUUCGCACUCCAACGUCCACAUUCCUCUGGCCUCUUCAGCAGCCCCUGCAACCAGCGGGUCAAAUCCUGCAUUGUCUCCGCCACCUUCACCUCUCCCUCUCCCAACAAGUCCAUCUGCACAGCCUCCGAAUCACGCGACGCCGUAUCUUCCAACUCUUCCCCAGUCCUACAGCAGCUCGAAUCCCUUCCCACCGGCUUCCUCGACUGGGAUUAACCCAGCCCUUACGACUUCAAUUCCUGCCUCCUCUUUACCAGGCGCUCGGCUGUCUGGGCGUCUUGUUGGUGUCGUUAGUUUAACUGACAUCUUGAACCUACAUGCCCGCGCCACUGGCCUGAGCCCUGCCGAUCCGGCCGAAUCUCGGCGCCGACGCCGCAGCAGCUCCUCCAGCAUGAGUGUUCAGCGCAGCGGCGAAAUUGGCCGUGAGUUGUUCAGCCGAGGAGGUGUUUAG